AUGCACCACCGUGCCUACCCUGGCCUCGGGCACAGCCCAUCGUCCUCGCCCUCGUUCUCCUCGCCCGUGCCCAACGCCGCCCACCCGCACAAGCACCCGCACCCGCCGACGUCCAACGUCUUCAACCCGAAGAUCAUCGACGCCAGCAUCCGCGACGUCACCGGCUGCCUCUCCGACGAGCACAAGGCCGACGUCCUGCUCUACGCCAUGGCCCACCUCAACCUCGACCGGUCGCGGACACUGAUAGAGAACGCAGUCCAGUCCUGCCUCUCGCUCUCCAAGUUACCGGCGGCGAACGCCGCAAAAGCGCGGUUGAUCCGCGCAAAGGCCCGGCUCGCCGCCGGCAUGCACGUCGGCGCGCACCAAGACAUCCUCGCCGCACUCGAGCUGCAGCCCCAGAACCCGGAGGCCUCGGCGCUCAUGGCGCAGCACGUUGCCACGCCCGGCGAGCCGCUCAUCAAGCCGGACACCACCCCCAAGUUCUCCACCGAGAUAUGGCGCGAAAUCGCCCUCUGGCUCCCCCCGCGCGACCUCAAGGCCUUGCUUGGGGUCCCGCACGUCCUCUCCCGCAUCGCCAGCGAACUCCUGUUCCAGAGGAUCGACAUGCACUUUUCGUCGGAGAAGCGCGACUCCCAGCGGAGUGCGGACCUCCUCACACGGAUUAUCACCGAUGCGACGUUCGCGAGCCAUGUCCGGACCCUCCGCGUGUUCGUGCCCGGGCGUGAGACCUCUCCGAUGACGUUCCACACCGGCAUGCUCUCCAACGCGCUCCCGAAGCUCACCAACUUGCGCAACGUCCACUGCGGGAUGCGCUGGAAGGACAUGUUCGCGUUCCUGCGCGUGCUGGAGACCAUCAGCCACCGCCUCACUGGCCUCUCGCUCAUGCCCUCAGACGGCACGGGCGAGCUGCGCUUCCCGCGGUUCAGGCAUAUCCAACAGUUCUCGUACCACAGCACCGGCGGCGCGACGGCGCAGGUGCACGCCUUCCUGGUGCAGAACAAGCCGUCGAUCCGCUUCCUGUCGCUGCACAACCCGAACUGGGCGUUCCCCGCGGACGCGAUCAGCAUCCGGAACCUGACCCACCUCGACUUCCAGGGCCUCUUCCCCGUCGACUCCCGCGCGUUCACCGACGUCCUCCAGGGCGGCCUCCAGCUCGAGUCCCUCCGGCUCGAGUGCAUCCUCGAGUGCACCGCGAGCCAGCAGUUCCGCGAGAACCCGAGCGCGCUCCCCUUCCUCCGCCACUUCGCGUUCGGCCUGCUCGACUACCGCGCCAGCGACUGCGACCUCUUCCCCGCGAUCUCCGCCUUCCUCCGGGGGCGCACGAACCUGCGCUCGCUGCAGCUCACCGUCCCGAGCCCGGACUGGGCGCUCCAGCGCCUGGGGUACGACGCGUCCGUCUGGGGCGUGCUCCCGUCGCUGCUCAACCUCCGGAGCCUGACCGCGACGCUCCCGAAGGACGUCGCGCCCCCGGUCGCGAUGUGGCUCGUCCCGCGGGGCGUGCAGGCGCUCUCGCUGCAGAACACCACGCCCGCGAACCCGUUCGAGUUCGUCUCGCAACUGCGCGCGGGCAUGCCGCCGCAGCUGCGGUACAUCGGCCUCUCGCAGUUCCGGGACGUGGAGGACGUGGCGCAGGUGGUGGAGCAGGGCUUCCCGAUGGUCCGCGUCGCGCGGUUCGACGACGACUUCUACACCGUCUCCCGCCAGGGCGGGAAGACGGUGCUGGAGGAGUGGCCGAAGGGCCGGACGCUGUACAACGCGCGGGACUGGCUCGAGUGCUUCGGCUGCGCGGAGGCCGAGUGGCGGGACCCGACGCAGUUUCUGUAG